AUGGCUGCAGGUGUGUGCCUCCAGGGCAGAAGACCAACCACAAAGCAGGCAAGGCUUGAAGAGGCAGAUCGCUACCAUCAGUUUAUUGAGCGGUUGCGCGAGGAGUCCAUGGCUUCCGUGCACGGGAAGAGCAGUGCGUUCGUCGGCACUCAUGUUCUCUCCCUCGAUGGCCACCAUGGCUUUGGCUUUGCAGUCAAGGCUGCCCUUGCCGAAGUGAAGACCCAGUACGUACUCGUAGUGCAACAUGACCAAGAGUUCAUUGCUGGCUUCGAUCUGCCAGCGGUACUGGAGACAAUGUCUCGGCAUCCGGAAAUUGUCAAGUACGUCGGCUUGUCAAGUGUCUCAACCCUGAACUACGACCACGUGAUGCGAUCAAAGUAUGGGUUGUCCCUACGGUGCACCACAGAAUUCGGUGUGCCGUUAAUGCCAUUGAUCUUCUUCUACGACAAGCCUCACAUCUGCAGCACGACGCACUAUCGAAACACCAUCUUUGGGCCAGGUUCCUCUGUGCGAAAGGGUGAGUUCAUAGAAGAAACCUUGGGUGUGGCGCAGCGGGAGGACAUCCUUCAGAACGGUAUGGACGCCCAUGCAAAAUAUGGGACGUUUCAGCUGGACUACAGGGAUGAACACGACCGGCAGCUGGCCGUCGUUCGCCACGUGAAUGGGCGAGCUUUCUUGUCACCAGAGCAGCGAGUGGCAAAGGGGUGGACGGCCACACUGCGCUUCGUGGUGUAG